UUGAUACUUAAUUAUAGUUUGUGAAAAUGGGUUAAACAUGUGUAAGAAAUUUACGAAUUUUCAAAAUAUGUUAUUUUUCGAGUGUAUAUUAAAUUUUGCAUCGCUUUUGUAGCUAUUAUUAUCACUUGAGGUUUUUCAAUUUAUUAUCCAAUUAAAACUCUACCGAACAUCUGUAUUGCGCUCAUCUAAAUAUUUACAUCACGUUGGAUACAGUUACAAAUGUUACAAUAGUUGAGUGUGAAACUCAAGUAUUUUAUGACCACGCUUGUACAUAUAAAAGUAUCAAUAUGUGUAUAUUCAAAUAUAUUUAGUGUGCUGUUUAUUCUGAACAACAAGGGAUGUAUAGAAAGUGCAGAAUUAUAAACAGUAUCCUACAUGAAAAAAGGUUGAAAAUAAAAAUGAAAAAUAUGAGAAAAUAAAAAAUUUUUACAUAAUUUUUUUACAAGUACAGUCAUUGAAAUUCAGUAAAGAUUUUACUCUUCAUUGUAUUAUUGUGUAAUAAUUAUCGAAAUUGUAUUAGAAAAUUUAUAAAAAUCAUGACUGAUAUCUCUAUUCAAGAUUUGCACGAUUUGCUAGUUUAUUUUUCAAAAAAUACGUACAAAGCCAAAGAUGCAGAUUGCACGGGCCAAACAAUUAUGCAACAAUGUCUUUUACUAGUUGAUUUAGAUUACACCCAUUCAGUAAUCAACAAUGUCGCUGGGGAUCUUAGUGCCCAUUAUCCAAGCCAUUUAAUUAUUCUUGAAAAUGAAAAGCGAAGAAAUCCCUACAAAUGUGAUACACCGCCGCAACUGCCACGUACAACGGAAACUAUUUAUGAAAAUACAUAUGAUACAAAUAAGUUGAAGGAUUUAAUUAAAAAUGCUAGAUUUGCUAGAUGUCGUUCACGAUUUCCACUGCCCGUGAUACUUUAUAAGGGUAGAUUUAUUUGUAGAUCAGCAACAUUAUCUGGAGGUCCUGAAAUUUAUGGAAGGUCAGGAUUAAAUUAUUUAUUUGCUGGGAAUGAAUCUGCAAAUGCUUUUCAUCAACGAAUCGAUGAGGCCGGAUGUAGUGAUUCUGCACUAAGUGAUUGGCAAUUAUUUGAUAAAGUUAGGAAUCAAGAUAUAAAACUGUUAAAAGCUCUUAAUGUUGGUAAUAUAAUCGACUUUAUGGUUGAGAAGAAAAAAGUCAAAUUCGGAAUGAAUGUAACUUCAUCAGAAAAAGUAGAUAAAGAAAAAAGAUAUGCUGAUUUUACCAUAAUUUCACUGCCAUAUCCUGGAUGCGAAUUUUUCAAAGAAUUUCGAGAAAAUGAUUAUCAAGCAAAAGGUUUAGUUUUCGAUUGGUCUCAAACGCAUGUUGAUGCUCAAAUUGGUGUUCCGGAAGAUGUAAUAUCUACUCAAUUGAAAAUAAAUUGGGAUCAAUAUCAAGUAUGGGAUUUAGUUAAAUUGACGCAAAAUUAUUUCAAACUCAUAUUGAACUAUCUCAGUGAUAGUAGCAAUGGAAUGUUAAUUCAUUGUAUAUCUGGAUGGGACCGAACUCCUCUAUUUGUGUCAUUAUUGAGGAUAAGUCUGUGGGCAGAUGGCGCAAUUCACACGUCUUUAAGCGCCUCCCAAAUUUUAUACUUUACAAUCGCGUACGACUGGUUGUUAUUCGGUCAUGAUUUGCAAGACCGACUCAGUAAAGGCGAAGAAAUAUUUUUUUUUUGUUUUUUUUUUUUAAAGCAUAUUCAAGAUGAAGAAUUUAGUAUUACUCAUAGGCAUGCAAGGGCUCGACAUUCAGUACACUGUCACGAUAGUGAUCCUCAACUCGACAACGUAAUGUUUGAAACUGAGUCAGUUGUGACAUUAAGUUCAGUUAGCUCUAAUAUGAGUUUAAAUAGUUGGUGUAGCUCUUUCAGCCAAAAUAGUAGAGAUAGUCAGGAAAACAAUCCACCUACAGUAUUUCCUUGCUCUUCCAUGGACACUCAAGAUGACAGUCAUAGUAAUGGGAAUGUGGUGCCAUGGACAUUUUACAAUUCCCAAAAUAAAGAAAGUGUUGGUCACGGUUCAUGUUCGCCUUUGCUAUCAAAUAGCCGAACAUCUCCCGUAGCUGUUCCUAUUCCUGGCCGCUUUCGACAACGUAACGAAUCUUCGUCUUCCGCUGGUUCGUGGCAAAUGAUUUCAGGAACUGGUAGUUUACGUGGGUCAACAACUUCAAAUUGUGCACUACCGGAAUUGUUAUCUACUUCUGCAUUAGCUUGUAAAUCGCAUUGCAUUACUUGUUCUGGUCAAAACUCUCAGGAAUCGAGUGUAACAGUUAUUGAAGAUGAUCUAGCUACGUCAUCAGCACAAUCACGUAAAGAUAGACUACACAGUGUACGCACAUUGUUCUACAACGUUUAUAGUCAUACAGUUGGAUUUAGAAUGAAAGAUAAUUCAGAAUCGAGUGGCUUCGGUCAAUUAUUGGGGAAUUUUGCUGAAAAAGUAGGAAUAUCAGUGCAACGUACAACAUUGUGACCUUAAAUCAUAGUUAACAAACGAUAUAUAACGAUAUAAUUAAAGUUAUACUAACUUAAAUUGAUUGAACUGAUUUACAUUAAAUUUUUCACAAUUACUCUGUGAGAGAUAAAUGAAAAUAAAUUUUCCAUGGGAAUAAAAUGCAAUUUUAUAAAUAUUAUGUAUACGUGUACAAUAAAAUAAACUUAAUAUUUUUCAUAUAAAU